AUGGCGUGGAAAGUCAUUGAAGGAAAUAGCUUUGGUUAUGACAUUAUGAAACAGCGAUAUUUGAAUCAAUGCUGUCAGGUGAACAGCGUGGCCCCCUCAACGGUCUGGAUAGGGCUAAGGGAGGAGAUUGGGGAGCUGGUCUCGAACUCGUUUAGCUAUAUUGGUGACGGUACGUCAACUCUUUUCUGGCUUGAUGAUUGGCUUGGAUAUCUGUUGGUGGAUAAAUGUGGAGUUCCUUUCUUUAUGAGAGAUUCUCUUACUCAAACUGUGGCUGACUAUUUCUUUGAAGGGGUGUGGCAUUUUACCCAGACUUUUGUCAAUUCUUUCCCGCAAAUUGUUUGUGAUAUUCUUUUACUCCCGAUUGGUGGUAAGGACGCGAGGUUUUGGAAACCUUCCCUGCAGGGGAAGGUCUCUUCGGUACUUGCUUUUGCUCACCAUGGACAUAAAUUCCCUAGAGUUUCUUGGGGGUCUUGGAUUUGGGAGCCGUUCAUACCGGUAAGGAGGUCGUUGGUUUGCUGGCGCCUUCUUCAUGAUCGUAUGCCCAAUUAUGAUCGUCUCAUUAGGCAUGGCCUCGUUGCUCCCAAUUGGUGCCCAAUUUGUAAAAGAGAUGCGGAGACGGCGGAACAUAUUUUCUGGAAUUGUGUGUGUGUGCAGCAGGCUUGGGCGAUUUUUCUGACCUGGUUUGAUUUUUCUCAAGGUCUCCAAGAACUGGACAUUCACAGCUUCCUUGUGGCUGCGUGGAACAGACAGUUGAGCUCUCAAAUUAGUAUGCUUUGGAAAGCUGGUAUUAUCAAUAUGAUUUGGGCUAUUUGGACGGAAAGAAAUAGCUGCAUUUUUGACAGCAAGAAGUUUAGUUCCAAACACAUCCUUCAGCAUGUUAAAGUGGCUUUUCUUGAGAACGACAUGAACUUUAAACAUCUGGGAACUAUGAAGAAUGCUUGGACCGAUUAUGUUGUUUUGCGGAACAUCGGAGUUAAAGGUAGAGUUGCUCCGCCUCCGGAGUUUAUUUCGGUUAGUUGGUGGCCGCCUAUAACGCCGUGGAUGAAAGUUAAUACGGACGGUUCAGCCCUCGGAGUGCCGGGGGAGAUUGCUUCAGGCGGUGUUUUCAGAGACCAUUGGGGUUGGGUGAGAUGA